AUGCUUGGACUCUUUCUGUUGACUCUCAAGAUGCUAUUGAAACGUUGCAGUGCGUUUGUGACGACGUGUGUUCGACGAAUGUCGGGUGCUCCGAGACGGUUUCCCGUGCAGGGAGGUCCUAUUACCCUCCAGCAACACUGGUGUUCGAAUAUUAAAUUAGCUCUGAUGCAGUUUCAAGGAAUUGUUUCUCUCAGCGGUUUCCACGCGAUUAAUUGGAGUUUCCUUGCUUUUCUAGUGAAUACGGAAUUAAGUCGUUCUACUGGCGCUCAAACAAGCUUUGAUCCGGAGUUGUUCGCUCAAGAAAGAAGUCGACUGCUCUCGGUGCUCCCGAAAACACAAGCAGAGCUUCCAAAACGAACCCAAAGAGAUUCAUACGCCGAAGUUGUGAUACCCUUGGAGUCUGAUGUUGAAUUGCAGAACCAAUUCGUGAAUGUCUACCAGGGCAUCAGGACUGGGAGACUUUUAGAGUGUUUGGAUGUGUUUUCUGUUUACGUGUGCUUCAAGUAUGCUUACAACGAAAAGCAGAAUGUGCCGAGUCCGUUUUCAAUCGUUACAGCUUUAGUUGACAACCUCACUCUUCGACCUGGCGCAUUUUUAAAUCCGAAGAAGGAUAUUUUGCUCACCGGCUUUGUUUCAUGGGUUGGACGAUCUUCCAUGGAAGUAACUAUGAGUGUGCUUCAAGAUGACACGGAGAAGUUGCGUUCGAAUUUCGUCAUGGUCGCUCGUGAUCCGCUCAAUCGAGGCUCCGCUGUCAUCAAUGCCAUGUCAUUGGAAAAUGACGAUGACCGAUUGUAUUUUGAAAAAGGCGAAGCGAAUGUGUUGAAGAGGAAGGCUUCAGGAGACGAGAGUUUGCUCAAGUCUCCUCCGAAUGGCGAAGAAUCGAAGUUGAUCCACGAAAUGUUCCUUCGAUCCGACGAUUUCACUGCAGACUCUGCUCCGCCCGGUGCGAACGAGAAGUUUAUGUCGGAAGCUACUUACAAGGAUAUCACUUUAUGUCAUCCAAAUCAUCGGAACCGGUACAACAAAAUUUUCGGCGGUUUUGUGAUGCGACUUGCGUACGAACUCGGCUGGGCAUCUGCGACUAGUUACUGUGGAACUAGAAUGGGAGCUACUUUCAUCGACGAUAUCCUCUUCCGACGACCCGUGGAAGUCGGCUCUAUUCUCCAUCUCACAUCAGUCAUCGGAUACACCGAAGGGGACUCAGUCUUAGUUCGUGUCAGGGCCGACGUGGAGGACUACAAAACGGGGAAGAAAGAGCUGACGAACACGUUCUAUUUCACUUUCAAAGCCAUGGACGGUUCGACUGUUCCUUCAGUUAUCCCGAGAUCGUACAAGGGUUACAUGAUUUACCUUGACGCUCGUCGACACUUCCUCAAAAACCUUGCUUCGCAAUAAUUUCAGCUGAGGCUGUGAAAUGUCAUCGUAAUUUUAUUGGAUUUUGUGUACCCUGUGACUUACGAUUCGAUAGUCCUGAUCAUUAAUGUUGCAUAUAUUGAUGCUUUAUGAAGGGUGCUGAUUCUGGGUGCCGGUCCAUUAUGCGACUGACGCAAUUAUGCAUGGCCAGUGUCAUCAUUGUAGAACACUAAUUUUUGACUGACUAUCGCUGUUUUUUAUGGAGUUCUUUUCUGACGUUCAAUUAUGAAGGUCCAGUGCAAAAACUGCUGCAUUUUUGAAUUGAAAAAUUUGCAGUUCCCUUACUUUGACCAGUUGACUGUCAAAAGCAGAUUUGAACUUCAAGGAAUUAUUCAUAUAUGAAGGCUCUUUGUAAGAGUCCAUGGUUGAUGAAAAGUUGUUGAGUAUAAACAGAAAACAAAGGUGCAAAGGAUUAAAAAUGAAGCACAAAGAUUUGGCUGUUUUGCAGCCAGGUACAUGUUCCUGAUUUUUCUAAAUGAUUUAUUGGAUGAUUAAGGAAAAAACACCGGAUACGCAACAUCAUGAAUAAAGAUGAAUUUUAGCACAAAUUCAUAAGCUGCAAUGAAUGAAAGAUUAUUGGAAAUAAACCAUAAUGAACUUCCGUGUAAAAUCUGAAGUACUGAGAUGACUUGCGUGUAAAAUUGCAGAUUAGUACGCCCUUCAGGUUUAUCUUCUCUGCCUCUGACGUAUGAAUAAAAAAAUAGUCAUGGCGAGCAGAGAGAAUUUUCCAUAACAAAUGUAACAUUGAAUCACAAAAGAAUAAAGUAGGCUUGACGAGUAAUAAUUGAAUGACUGGAAUGAUCUUCAUUUUCCAAGGUUGGUCACAUGCAUUGAGCGUCAGUCGCAAUACUGGAGUUCACCUGCCAGAAAAGCAUUAAAUCAUGUUCAUUUGCGGUAGUGUGAUAAUCGCUUAAGAACAUAUAUUUUUAUGAUUUGAAGGUUCAGUUUCGUCUUCGAAGAUUGAGUGGGAAAAUCGACCUAUUUAUUAAAGCUGUGAGAUUUGAUAUUGUUGCUGUAAUUAUAUUUGUUCAAGAGGUUGAUAGUGAAGAAUUCUGGGCUCUUCACACGUGCAGUAUUGCUUUUUCAUGUCGGAGAGAAUGAAAAAUCAAGGGUUGUCUUCAUCGGCUUAAAAU